GGUCGACAAAUGUAAACAAUGCGGUUUUGAAGUGGCCGUUUCAGGCAAGGCCCUAAAACAUAGUUUCAAACAUAGGUUUCAGGUUUCAGGGUAUAUUGAGUGAAGGCCGUUUAGUGUAUGCAAUUGAUGCAAUUACCAGUUAGUUUUCAUAAGUGAGGAUGUCAUAUGAGCCUUCCUGAUGUUAUUACCGCCCGCAUGUAAUCAUCAAGUGCUGAACGAAUCCUGCCUUGGCCUCUGCUGCUGAAGUCCUCGCCUCUGUAUUAAGGCCGCCGCCAUGGGCCGCGACUACACAAUCAGCGGAGUGAAGGUGGCCUUCCCCGAGAACGCCUACCCCUGCCAGAUGGCCAUGAUGGCAAAGAUAAUGCAGGGUCUGAAGCGCGGUCAGAACUGCCUGCUGGAGAGCCCCACCGGCUCGGGGAAGACGCUGGCGCUGCUCUGCGCCUCGCUGGCCUGGCAGCAGGCUGAGUGUGAGAGAGUUGACGAGUACAACCGGAAACUCGACAUGGAGGAAAGAGCUCAGACCCAGGAGCUGAUGCUGCGGGAGAUCCCCCAGCUCCGGACCGACCCCGCAGCGGCAGCAGCAGCGGCAGCGGGAGGAGCAGCCUCAGCAGCGGCGGGACUCAGUGACCCGUCACCCAGACCCGGUGCCGAGGGCGGGCCGGGACGGACCGGUGCCGGGCCCCCAGCCGCCGCAGCCGCGCCGGGGGCAGGCUGGGACGGUGAUGAGGACGACUUUCAGACAAUGGCCGAGAAGACACUGCGGACCGCGCCGCCGACCGCCCCGGAUGUGUCCAUGAUGGAUACUUCAAUGUCCGACGCUGGGGACGAGAAUGGACUGCUGAACGGACGAAAGAAAAGACUCAAAAAGCCGAAGAUAUAUUUCGGAACACGGACUCACAAACAAAUCGCUCAAAUCACACGGGAGCUGCGAAGAACCAACUACAAGCACGCAAAGAUGACGAUUCUGGCCAGUCGGGACCACACCUGCAUCCAUCCGGACGUGUCGCGCUCGGCCAACAAGAACGACGGCUGCCGCGACCUGCGGGACCCGCACAACCAGGAGGGCUCGUGCGGCUACUUCACGCGGGCCAACCAGCGUCUGCGCUACCAGGAGCAGUUACCCGGGGAGGGUCUGUCGGAGGCCUGGUCGCUGGAGGAGCUGGUCGGUCUGGGCCGCCGCAUCCGCGCCUGUCCCUACUACGCCGGCCGAAACCUAAAGGAGGACGCCGACAUCGUGUUCUGUCCGUACAACUACCUGAUCGAGCCCUCCAUAAGGGAGUCAAUGGAGAUCAGCCUCAAGAACCAGGUGGUGAUUUUGGACGAGGCGCACAACGUAGAGGACAGCUCGCGGGAGGCGGCCAGCGGCUCGUUCCAGCAGGCGCACAUCCAGGACGCCAUUCGCGACCUGGAGAAGGCCGCCUCCGGACAGCGGCAGACCCAAUUCGAGUGCAGGGACAUGGCCCGGAUGCUGUCUCACAUCAGCCAGUGGAUGGACCGGCACUCCGACCGGCUGGACCAGUACAAGGAGUUUGACAGGGGCUGUCGGGUGUUCAGCGGAACAGAGAUGGUGGCCCACUUCACCGCCAUGGGCAUCGGACACAAGGAGUUCCCAGAUAUACAGCGUUCGUAUGGCGCCAUCAUAGCGGAGGAGAUGGACAACUCUGAGGAGGCGCUGCAGCACUACAUCCAGCGACUGACGAGCGGCACCACGGCGCUGCUGGGCGGACUCGUCCGGGAGCUCUCCUUCAUCUACCAGGACGACAUGAAGUACCGCGACGACUUCCGCGUGGCGCUGAUGAAGUCCAUGAGCCGCGCCGACGGACCCGGACAGCGGGGCGGUUGGCUGAGCUCGCGGCGCAAGUCUGCCGACCCGACGUGGACGCAUACGCUGCACUUUUGGUGUAUGAACCCGGCCGUGGUGUUCGGCGCCAUCGGGGAGGCGGCGCACAGCGUGAUCGUCGCCUCGGGCACCCUGUCCCCGCUGGGCUCGUUCCAGUCGGAGCUGGGCGUGCCGUUCCCCAUCAACCUGGAGGCCAGCCACGUCAUCAGCGCCGACCAGGUGUACGUGUCAGCCAUCAGCCACGGUCCGCGCGGCGGCUCCAUGAACGCCACCUACCGCAACUCGGAGCAGUUCAGCUUCCAGGACGAGCUGGGCGAGCUGCUGCUGGGCGUGUGUGCCGCCAUCCCCAACGGUGUGCUCUGCUUCUUCCCCUCCUACAGCAUGCUGGACAAACUCGCCAGGAGAUGGCAGAUGACGGGUCUGUGGGACCGACUGGAGGCCCGCAAACCGGUGCUCUGCGAGCCACGGCGCGCCGACGAGUUCGAGGAUAUGAUGCGCCAAUUCCGUCACCUGGUGACGGAAGGAGACGAUACUGGCGCACUGCUGCUGGCCGUCUGCCGCGGCAAACUCAGCGAGGGCAUCGACUUCUCGGACGACAGCGCUCGGGCCGUGGUCACGGUGGGCAUCCCGUUUCCGAACGUCAAGGACGUUCAGGUGGACCUGAAGAAGCAGUACAACAGCUCGCACGUCUCCACGCGCGGCCUGCUGAGCGGACACGAGUGGUACGGCAUUCAGGCCUACAGGGCGCUGAACCAGGCGCUGGGCCGCUGUAUCCGCCACCGAUACGACUGGGGAGCGAUCUUGCUGGUGGAUGACCGGUUCGGCCGGCCGCGCGGCGUCGACGGCCUCUCCAAGUGGGUGCGCAGCCUGGUGCGCCACCAGAGCAAGUGGCCGGAGGUGGCCGACAGCCUGAGACAGUUCGCCGCCGACAUGCAGCACUGGACAGAGGAGAGGCGGGAGGAACAGAGGAAACGCAAACAGGAACAGGACGCUGCCGAGGCGGAGAAGCUGGCCGCCGCCGCCGCCGCCACCGCCACCGCCGGUCCGGUUCCUGCCAUCGAUCUGAACCUCUCUGGCGCCUCCUCUCCGAUGUCCGUGGUGAACGGGCAGUCGCCGGUGGCGGCGCCGGCCGUCAGCGCCGCGCAGGCGCAGUUCCAGUACGGCAGUCCGCCGGUAGGUGUCGCCGGCGGCGCUCGGAAGCUGGUGCUGGUCCCGGUGAACCAGUUCGCCAGCUCGGCAGCCGCUCAGCGUCAGGAGGUGAUCACGGUGAACGGUCGGAAGUACCUGCGGCUGACGGAGGAUGGCCGGACGCGGCUGGUACCGCUGCUCACCAGUCAGGGCACCCCGGUACUGGACGGCGCGGCGGGGUCUGAGCACGGGGACCAGCCCGGAGCGGACGGUAGUGCGGCGGACGGCCGGCAGGCGGCAGCACCGGCGGAGGAGCGGCCGCCGCCGUCCGGCGCCGCCCCAGCGGAUAAGGAGAACGGCCGACCUCAGUCUCCGCCGCUGUUUGGGGAGGACGAGGGAAAGUCCCCGCGCCAGGUGGUCGUCUGUUCAGCAGCCGGCAAGAGGCCGCUGUUUAAAGAGACGCCCGUCGCCCCCUCCGCCGUCACAGCACAGGCGGACAGCCAAUCACCGGAGCUGGUCAGGAAGACGGUGCUGCCACCCCGCGGCUCGGCCGCCAAACAGCGCAGCAAGCGCUCCAAGGGAGUCAUUUUCAUCAGCUCGGACGAGGAGGACUUUCAGUGAUCACGUGACCGUGGGGUUAUAUAUGUGAUUUCACGCUGUGGCACGAUGUAUGAAGGGCUAAUGAUUUUUUAUCACGAACUGCAAGCUGCCUGAAAUAAUGUCUCAUAUGACUGCUUUGCUAUGAAAAUACAAUGUAGAUACGCUUGUAA